AGGAAUCAGUGGGACUGCCUCGGGUAGAAGUCAGCGCGGGUUUUCCAGGGCUCAGGAGGAAGAUCAAAAUGGCAUAAAGCAGGCCAUUGGCAGCUGAGAGUCCAGAGGAGCCCUCCAAGGCUGAAAAGACAAGGCGUGAGCCUUCACAGCACACACAUGCUACAAGUUCGGGUUGAGGAAAUUUGAAACUCACUGUCCGGCAUGAUGGAUUCCUGGGCUUCCAAAAUGAUGGGGCUGGAAGGGACCUCGAAAAAAUAACUGCCGUCACAUGCUCGUACCAGAACUGGUUACUUUCUUGAACACUUAACGCUAACUGCUUGGAGUGAUUCCCACAGGUGACAUCCGUUCUCCACUGGAGAAUGAAAGCCUGAGACUACAUUUCCCUGCAAGCCCUUUAGAAACGAAGGCCAGGAGGAAAUAGACUUUCCGUUUCCGUUCGCUUGCAAUUUGGCGUGUUCGCGGUGAUACCUAUUUCAACACUUAGCAUCCUUUCUCUGUACAGCUAAAGAAGACACUACAUACCCCAGCAGCCCUCGGCGUUGCUGACGCCCCCAAUGUCGUCGAGCAGCCGGGGGCCGGGGGCCGGAGCGCGCCGACGCCGAACCCGCUGCCGCCGCUGCCGGGCCUGUGUGCGAACUGAGUGCGGGGACUGCCACUUCUGCCGAGACAUGAAGAAGUUUGGGGGGCCCGGGCGCAUGAAGCAGUCGUGCCUGCUCCGGCAGUGCACUGCGCCCGUGCUCCCACACACAGCUGUAUGCCUCUUGUGUGGGGAGGCAGGGAAGGAGGAUACAGUGGAGGGAGAGGAAGAGAAAUUUGGCUUGAGCCUCAUGGAAUGUACAAUUUGCAACGAGAUCGUCCACCCUGGCUGCCUGAAGAUGGGAAAGGCUGAGGGUGUUAUCAAUUCUGAGAUUCCCAACUGCUGGGAAUGCCCCCGAUGUACCCAGGAAGGGCGGACAAGCAAGGAUGCAGGUGAGGGUGCAGGGCGCCGUAGGGCUGACAAUGGUGAGGAAGGCGCUAACCUAGGGGGUGGAUGGAAGCUGACAGAGGAACCACCACCGCCACCACCCCUGCCCAGAAGAAAGGGACCCUUACCUGCUGGCCCUCCCCCUGACGAUGUGCCUGGGCCCCCCAAACGGAAGGAGAGGGAGGCGGGGAAUGAGCCCCCCACCCCAAGGAAAAAGGUGAAAGGAGGCCGAGAGAGGCACUUGAAGAAGGUGGGUGGAGACGCCUGCCUCCUCCGAGGAGCGGACCCGGGCAGCCCCGGCCUUCUGCCCCCCAGGGUUCUGAAUCCGAGCCAGGCCUUCUCAUCCUGCCACCCUGGGCUCCCUCCCGAGAGCUGGGAGAAACCAAAGCCACCUAUGGCCUCUGCUGAGGGACCAGCAGUGCCGUCCCCAUCACCACAGAGGGAGAAAUUGGAGCGUUUUAAGCGUAUGUGCCAGCUGCUGGAGCGGGUGCCUGAUACCUCCUCUUCCUCCUCGGACUCAGACUCUGACUCAGACUCAUCUGGCACUUCGCUUAGCGAGGACGAAGCUCCUGGGGAGGCCCGCAAUGGGCGGCGGCCAGCCCGUGGCAGCUCUGGCGAGAAGGAGAACCGUGGGGGGCGGCGGGCUAUACGCCCUGGCAGUGGGGGACCACUGCUCAGCUGGCCUCUGGGUCCUGCCCCCCCACCACGGCCUCCACAGUUGGAGCGGCACGUGGUACGGCCCCCCCCUCGAAGCCCCGAGCCUGACACUCUGCCUUUGGCUGCUGGAUCCGACCACCCCCUGCCUCGGGCUGCCUGGCUUCGUGUCUUCCAGCACCUCGGACCCCGAGAGCUGUGUGUCUGCAUGCGAGUCUGCCGGACUUGGAGCCGCUGGUGCUACGACAAGCGUCUGUGGCCUAGGAUGGACCUGAGCAGGAGGAAGUCACUGACCCCACCUAUGCUUAGUGGGGUUGUCCGCCGCCAACCUCGUGCUCUGGACCUCAGCUGGACAGGUGUUUCCAAAAAGCAGCUCAUGUGGCUUCUGAACCGACUGCAAGGCCUGCAGGAGCUGGUGCUUUCCGGGUGCUCCUGGCUCUCCGUCUCCGCCCUGGGCUCAGCCCCACUGCCCGCACUGCGGCUCUUGGACCUCCGCUGGAUUGAAGAUGUCAAAGACUCCCAGCUUCGUGAGCUGCUGCUGCCUCCACCCGACACUAAACCAGGGCAAACAGAGAGCCGCGGUCGUCUGCAGGGGGUGGCCGAACUCCGCCUGGCAGGCCUGGAGCUCACUGAUGCCUCCCUGAGGCUCCUACUGCGCCAUGCUCCCCAGCUCAGUGCCCUGGACUUGAGUCACUGCGCCCAUGUCGGGGACCCAAGUGUUCACCUCCUCACGGCUCCCACUUCCCCUCUCCGAGAGACACUGGUGCACCUCAACCUUGCUGGAUGCCACCGCCUCACGGACCACUGCCUUCCACUGUUCCGCCGCUGCCCACGUCUUCGCCGCCUGGACCUGCGCUCUUGCCGCCAGCUCUCACCCGAAGCUUGUGCCCGGUUGGCAGCUGCUGGGCCCCCUGGCCCCUUCCGCUGCCCCGAAGAGAAACUCCUUCUCAAGGACAGCUAGUUGGGCGCCCGUGCUCCCUUCCCCCAGGACUCGCCGCCGAGAGCACCUGGACCUCGCCUUCAUUUCACGCCCCGUCGGGAGGCCUGGUUGUUUUCCUUCGUGACUUGGCACUCCUCUAAGUUUAAUGACUUGGGAUUCCUGCCCAGGCACUUGAGCCAGCCUCUUCCCCUCUCUCCCACCCGCACUGAUAUCUCGGGGGGUCUUUGCUCCCCAUCUCGCCCUUCCACCUGCUUCAUCGUCCGUCUCCUUGGGGGAGUGGGUCAGGAGGUACCGGGGAGGCGCUGAGCCAAAGGGAUGGUGGGGGGCGGGGAAGGAGGAGGGAUGCUGGGAGCCAGGGGCCGGGGAGGUGAGGAGUGGGGGGGGGGGCAGAAAGCAGACCAACAAGGGUUCAGGGAACAGAGACCAGUUGGGUGGGAUGGGGGGCCAAAAAGGGAAACCAGAGGAGCAAUUGGGGAUCCAGGUAUCCUACCAGAUAGGGGGCUCCAGAAGCCAGGGAACGCCAGGACUGGGGGCUGGGAGGGGGGCACACUGGGGACAGCACCCUCUGUGGGGUUACCCCUCCUGUGUCCCCACCCGUCCGGAUUUCAGUUCUUUCCCGCACCCUCGCUCCUUGAACGUCACUGAAAAUGGCAGCUAUUGCAAGGAGUGGGGCCACGGGUCGGCCUGUUGAUCUCGUGGCCCAGGGCAGUGGUGAGGGGUAGCCCAGACCCCUGCCUGGCUCUCUAUCCACACAAUACUUGAACAUUCAUCUGUACUGAAGUGUUACUUGAACCGGGGGAACCUCGGACCUGGGGAGUGUGACGUGGGGGACGGGCUGACCGACACUGGGCCGGUGGGUGCCGGGUCCGGACCGCCCACCCCCAGCUUUCCUGCUUUCCUGUCUUGAACAGCUCCGCCCCUCCGGCCCCAGCGAGCGUCGGGGUGGGGGACGUCAGCUUGAAGAUGGGCAAGAUGGGACUUCUCUCCAGCUUGCCUCUUCCCAUUCUCUCAUCGUCAUGGAAACUUGUGUCCCAUUUGCCCAGGGAACUGCCACUCCUGGUUGCCGUGGAAACCGCAGCCAAUGGACACCUCUGGAAAACAGUGCUGAGACUGGAAGCGGUCCCUCUUAGUUGCUGUGGGAACUUAGUAACGGACUCUCGGCGCCUCCCCGCUCCACCCCUACCCUUCUUCCAGCGCGGGGGGUGGGGGUCUCACGAGCCGGAGGGAGGAGGGGUCGGGUCCCGGUCCCACUCGGCUUAGGCCGGGGGCACCGGGGUUCCACGUGGGGGUGGGGGGAGGGGAUCUAUCCACAUACCUCAGGUAACAGGAAGGUGCGCGGGUUGGGGGCGGGGGCUGGGCGGACCAAAGGCAGGAGGGAGGGGGGCUGGGGUUGGAGAGAGGCUUGAUGAUGGGGGGCAGCUUGAGGGAUGGGAGGAGGCACCCCGGCGAGGGGCAAGCGGGGUACCCAGCCGGGCUGGAGCCCCUGAACCCCCAAGUCUGUACAAUACGGUUUGCUAUAAAACUCAGAAUCUUCUAGCCGGG